AUGCUUGCUCGAUCGCUACCGUCUGCUUUGACCUUUGAUCUUGUAGCGAAGUGCUCUACGACAAAAGCCCGAGCAGCAACGCUCAAUCUUCCUCAUGGGCCAGUUCAACUUCCACUUUUCAUGCCGGUGGCAACGCAAGCAUCGCUGAAAGGACUCACGCCGAUUCAACUUGAGGAGACCAGCUGCAGACUGUGUCUCAACAACACCUAUCACCUUGGACUCAAACCUGGGCAGCAGACUCUGGACGCGAUUGGUGGUGCGCACAAGCUACAGUCAUGGAAACACAACAUCCUAACAGAUAGCGGAGGCUUCCAAAUGGUCUCCCUACUCCAGCUAGCUAAAGUCACCGAAGAAGGUGUUCGGUUUCUGAGUCCACACGACGGUACACCUAUGCUGCUCACACCGGAACACUCAAUAUCACUCCAGAACUCCAUCGGCUCCGACAUAAUGAUGCAACUCGAUGAUGUGAUUGCCACGACUUCACCAGACCACGCCCGAAUCAAGGAAGCAAUGCACCGAUCAGUACGCUGGCUAGAUCGUUGCAUCGCAGCCCACAAGAACCCAACCACCCAGAACCUCUUCUGCAUCAUACAAGGAGGCCUAGAUCUCGAUCUGCGCCGGGAGUGCUGCGAAGCCAUGGUGGCUCGGGAUACGCCCGGAAUCGCCAUUGGAGGACUGAGUGGUGGAGAAGCGAAGUCGGAGUUCUGCAAGGUCGUCGAUACGUGCACCAGUCUCUUCCCAGAGCGAAAGCCACGUUAUGUGAUGGGAGUCGGCUACCCAGAAGACAUUCUCGUGUGUGUCGCUCUAGGCGCCGACAUGUUUGAUUGCGUCUGGCCGACGAGAACUGCACGCUUCGGCAACGCAGUCACCGGUGAAGGAGUGCUCAACCUGAAGCACGUGAGGUAUGCGUACGACUUUGGUCCGGUGGAGGAGGGCUGCCCGUGCAUAUGCUGCCGAAGUGAAGAGCAGGGCGGUCUGGGCAUCACCAGGGCCUACAUAUACCACACCGCCGCAAAAGAGACCGUCGGUGCACAUCUGCUGAGCAUCCACAAUGUGCACUACCUGCUGAACCUCAUGAAGAGGGCAAGAGAGGCCAUUAUUGCAGACAAGUAUCCGGCCUUUUUGAAGAGCUACUUCAAGAAGUUGCAUAGUGGCGAGAAGGACAAGUACCCCGAGUGGGCCGUGGACGCACUGCGAGGCGUUGGUGUGGACCUGCUGGAGGAUUGA